ACAAAACAUCAGACUGCCUUUUUUACAUAUUUACUUGGGGACAGAUGCCCCCUGGACCUGGUUUAACAUCUGAAUAACUUGCCUGUUGCAGCUUCCAACGCUGAGUGAGGAUCGCACGCAGGCAGAAGCUAUUUUUUUCCCCCACUGUAGUCGUCGGCACUGUGAUAUCCAAGUCGAGGGGAAAGCGAGCAUUUUUUUUUCUUCAGAUCUGGCUUUUUCGUCAGUGUCUGACUUUUUUUUUUUUGAAAACUGCCGAUCUGUGUCAGCCUUCUGAAAGCGCCGCCGGGAUCGUGUAUGAAAAGCACUACAAUCAAAGAGUGGAACAGCUUUUGGAUCUCUGGGGCUAAAAUAACUCGUCAAAAAACACUAGAAGCAUGCCGCGGAGGAAACAGCAAGCGCCCAGGCGCGCAGCAGCCUAUGUUCCAGACGAGCUAAAGGCAGCGGCGCUGGUGGACGAAGACGUUGAACAAGAUGAAUCGGUCGGGGACGAGGAACCCCCAGUCAAGUAUAUGUGCUCAGAUAAGGAUUUCUCAAAAGACUCUCAGAGCUACCAGGACUCCCCGGCGGCUGAGUUCUCAAGCCACGAAAUGGACAGUGAAUCUCAUCUGAGUGAGGCCAGUGAUCGCAUGUCAGACUUUGAGAGCGCCUCGAUCAAGAACGAGGAGGAAAUCAAGGAGCUGUCAGCCCCCAGUGAGGACACCCCUGCACCGGACAGCCUGGAGCAGAUGAAGGCAAUCUACAACAGCUUUCUGACCAACCCGUACUGGUCCACCCUCAACCUGAACCUCAGCCAGACCACAACUGAAAAGCCUCAGGGCAGCAGCAGUAGCAGUAGCAGCAGCAGCAGUAGCAGUUGUGGGAGUGGCAGCUAUGACUGGCACCAGUCCGCCAUGGCAAAGACUUUUCAGCAGGUGUCUCAGAACAGGCUCAACCCAGAGCCUAGCCUUUUCAGCACGGUUCAGCUCUACAGGCAGAGCAACAAACUGUAUGGCUCCAUUUUUACUGGGGCUAGCAAGUUCCGCUGCAAAGACUGCAGUGCCGCUUAUGACACAUUGGUAGGGCUGACGGUACACAUGAAUGAAACGGGACACUACCGCGACGACAACCAUGAGACAGACAGCAACAACCCGAAGCGCUGGUCCAAACCUCGCAAGCGCUCCCUGCUGGAGAUGGAGGGUAAGGAAGACGCCCAGAAGGUCCUGAAGUGCAUGUACUGUGGCCACUCCUUUGAGUCAUUGCAGGACCUUAGUGUCCACAUGAUCAAGACGAAACACUACCAGAAAGUGCCUCUCAAGGAGCCUGUGACCCCUGUGGCAGCCAAAAUCAUCUCCUCCACCCGCAAGCGGGUACCCAUCGAACUGGACUUCCCCAGUUCUCCAGAUUCCUCGGCAGGGACACCCAAAUCUUUUUUAACUGACCCCAGUGAUGUCCUGCAUAAGACCUCCAACCCUUACAUUACCCCCAACAACCGAUACGGCCACCAGAACGGCGCCAGCUAUGCCUGGCAAUUUGAGUCCCGCAAAUCCCAGAUCCUCAAGUGCAUGGAGUGCGGGAGCUCCCACGAUACACUGCAGGAGCUGACCGCUCACAUGAUGGUCACAGGCCACUUUAUAAAGGUGACAAACUCAGCCAUCAAGAAAGGGAAACCCAUUGUGGAAGCCCCCAUUACACCAGUGGCAGCCACUCCACAAGAGGAGAAGGUGCAGUCAGUACCUUUAAUGGCCACAACCUUCUCGCCUCCAGCUGCUACCCCUUCCAGCAUAUCCCCAAAGCUAUGUGUAGAGAUCAAGAAAGAAGAGAUGGAAGAAGAAUCUUCCAAGGAUAAAAACAAAGACAAGGAGAAGUUGGAGGAGGAUGAGAAGUUUGACUUCCCCUCCAAGUACCACUACCUGACUGAGGAAGACCUGGAGGAGAGCCCAAAAGGUGGCUUUGACAUUCUCAAAUCCCUAGAAAACACAGUGACAUCUGCCAUCAACAAAGCUCAGAAUGGUGCUCCGAGCUGGGGUGGCUACCCCAGCAUUCACGCCGCCUAUCAACUCCCCAAUAUCAUGAAGCUUUCCUUGGGCUCAUCUGGGAAAAGUUCUGCAUUAAAGUACAUGUUUACAGGUGGAGAGGUUUUGUCCCCAACCAAAAGCCAACCACUUGUUUCUCCGCCUUGCAGCCAGACCUCACCUCUGCCAAAAAAUAACUUCCAUGCUAUGGAAGAACUGGUGAAAAAGGUCACAGAGAAGGUGGCCAAAGUGGAAGAGAAGAUGAAGGAACCUAAGGUGAAAUCAUCUCCCCAGCGCCGAAUGACACCUUCACCUUGUAGCAGUGAACCCGGGGAGCCCAUGAAAGGAGAUUCCCCUAAAGAAAAUAGUGCUAAAACCCCAGAAAGCAAUGGAGGAGGCCAUAAAGACAUAAACAAUGAAAAAGACCCAGUUGAGAAUGGGACAGACCCUGUCAAGCUGCCUGCCAAUAGUUUGUGUAGCAGCACUGCCAUCAUCACAGACCACCCUCCAGAGCAACCUUUUGUUAACCCCUUAAGUGCGCUUCAGUCUAUAAUGAAUGUCCACCUGGGCAAGGCUGCCAAGCCAGCUCUGCCCUCCCUAGACCCAAUGAGCAUGCUUUUCAAAAUGAACAAUAGCCUGGCAGAGAAAGCUGCAGUGGCCACCCCACCCAUGCAGACCAAAAAAAACGAGCGCCUGGACCGCUAUUUCUAUCAUGUCAACAACGACCAGCCUAUGGAUUUGACGAAAGGCAAGAGUGACAAAAGCUGCUCUUUGGGUUCAGCGCUGUUGUCAUCCACAUCAACGUCUUCUGCUUCUCCUUCAUCCACAGUGACAACGACAAAGACAUCUGCAGUCGUGUCAAACAUGUCAAAUGCCUUGUCAGAUAUCUCUGAUAUGCUGAGGAACCUGACAGAAAGCCACACAUCAAAAUCUUCUACACCUACCAGCCUGUCUGAGAAGUCGGACAUAGAGAGCACUACCAUCGAGGAGCCAGAGGAGAUCUCUCCGGCCCAGAAACGCAAGGGCCGCCAGUCCAACUGGAACCCCCAGCACCUGCUCAUCCUCCAGGCCCAGUUUGCUGCCAGCUUGAGGCAGACCUCAGAUGGGAAGUACAUCAUGGCGGACCUCAGCCCCCAGGAGAGGAUGCAAAUCUCCAGGUUUACAGGACUCUCAAUGACCACCAUCAGCCACUGGCUAGCCAAUGUGAAAUACCAGCUGAGAAGGACAGGUGGAACAAAGUUCCUAAAGAACCUGGACUCUGGACACCCUGUGUUCUUCUGUAAUGACUGUGCUUCACAGAUCCGAACUCCCUCCACCUACAUCAACCACCUAGAGUCGCAUCUGGGUUUCAGGUUGAGGGACUUGUCCAAACUGUCUAGCGAACAGAUCAAUAACCAGAUCACGCAUACGAAAAGCCACUCCGAAAAACUGAUCACCGCCGGCUCCUCCCCGGAGGAAGAGGCCGGCUCCACUUACCAGUGCAAGCUCUGCAACCGGACUUUUGCAAGCAAGCAUGCUGUCAAGCUGCACCUCAGCAAGACACACGGCAAGUCUCCGGAGGAUCACCUCAUGUACGUGUGUGAACUCGAGAAACAGUAGCACUGGUUCCCAUGAGCUUGGCUUUAAGUAGCUUUUUAGGGGCAAAAAAAACCAAAACUCUACACACACAAUGAUGCCAUGAAGCUACUGUUUAGUUUCGGCACACAAUCUUGUUACAUCUCCAGAGGUGACACUCUGGACUGUUUUUUAUUAUUAUUAUUAUUAUUAUUAUUAUUAUUAUUAUUAUUAUUAUAUUAUUAUUAUUAUUUAUUUUAUAACUGUACAGUGUUUAAAAUAGAAGUGCAUAAUCAGCUGUUGUUACUGGUUAAAUAUGAAGGUUAUUAAAAAAUGAAGUGGUAUGUGUUUGGAAUUUGUGAAAAUUGGAUUUAGUUUCUGUGCAUUAAGCUGCAUGCGUUUAUGGACAAUUUAGUUAAGCAUUUAUAACUAAAUCUUUUUUACAUGACCUAAGUGUGUUGGUAUCAGCCUUCAACAUUUAACCCUCUGAGUACGGCUAAGCACUUCUAUGUUCACUUGAAAACCAAAAGCUGGGGGGGGAUGUUUCAACUAUAAAACUGGGGGGGGGGCGGGGGGAUGUUUCAACUAUAAAACUGGCUGAAAUUGAAGUUUGGGCAUACCAAAAUUGGCCACUAUUACUUGCAGUUUUCCAAAUCUGAUCAAGUCUUUGUAUAAAAUAUAGAUGUAUAUCUGGGUAAGGUAAAGCCACAGCUGUGUUCAUUUGUUCAAUCUAUCAGGAGCUGUGUAAUAAUAAUAAAAAAAAGGUCCUAUCUAAAUUAUGCACCAUUUUUAUAUUUUUUUAAUUUAAAAGAAAAACUAAAAUAACAAGGAGUAUAUACUAUAUGGUGCACAAUAUAUGAAGACAUUCAUGAAAUCGUUUUGCACAAUAUUUCUUUUUUUAUUUUUUAAUAUGUGUUAUUUAAUCAAAAAAGCCGUUAAAACUUUGUAUUAUUAUUUAUUAUUAUUAUUAUUAUUAUUAUUAUUAUUAUUAUUAUUAUAGCCUUGUGCUCAAAGGGUUAAACCUCUAGUACAAAUUGUACUGUAUUUCAUGAAACUUAAAAAAAAUAAAAAUAAAUCUUUAAAAAAAGAAGUUUGUACAAAAAAAAAGAUGACUUUAUAAAGUUAUGAGGCAUUCCAUGAUGUAAACUCUCACUGAUAAGCACUCUUGGUUGUUAUUUCAUAUUGCAGAACGCCUUUUUGAUUGGUAACUUUUUGUUCUGCCUAAUUAUUCUCCCAUGAUUCCAUACUGCAGAUUUAUCUUUAGGCAAUUGAAAGGUAACCCAUGGUUACCAGCACCCUGAGUCUCUUCUGCUAUAUUUUUGGCAGUUAAUUUGCAGAAGUAACUGACAGCUGACACCAUAUGAGAAUCUAUGUAUAAAAUAUUGGCAUGUAAACAGCGCACACACUGUUAUGCACUCCGUGCCCUGUUUUUGUUGUUGACAAUGAAGCACCUAUUAUAUGACUUCAUAUAACCCUUUUUUUCUACUGCAGCAUUAAAAUGUUUUUUGCAAUAA